GGUGGCGGGGCCAGCGGAGAAGGAUGCGUGUCUUCCCGUGGGGAUUUUGGCUGCUGUGUGUCGCCUCCGCCCCGGCUCGCGGUGACAGCGGCAGCAAGGCGAGGAGCUGCGCCGAGGUCCGGCAGCUGUAUGGAGCCAAGGGCUUCAGCCUCAGCGGCGUGCCCCAGGCCGAGAUCUCCGGGGAGCACCUGCGAAUCUGCCCACAAGGCUACACCUGCUGCACCAGCGAGAUGGAGGAGAACUUCGCAAACAAAAGCCGAAGUGAAUUUGAAGCCAUGAUGAAAGAGGCUGGUCGCUCUGUGCAGGCGACCCUAACAGCACAGCACAGAAGCUUUGACAGUUAUUUCCAGGAUUUGUUGAACAAGUCAGAAAAGGCCCUUUAUGACGCCUUUCCAAGCAUGUACGGAGAAUUGUACACUCAAAACGUGAAGGUGUUCAAGGACUUGUACAGCGAGCUGCGCCGCUACUACCGCAGCUCCAACAUCAACUUGGAAGAGGCCCUCAAUGAGUUCUGGACACGGCUGCUGGAGAGGCUCUUCAAGCUGCUGAACCCCCAGUACCACAUCACAGACGAGUACCUGGACUGCAUGGUCAAACACGCCGAGCAGCACAAACCCUUCGGGGAGGUGCCCAGGGACCUGAAGGUGAAGGCAACCCGAGCCUUCAUCGCGGCGCGCUCCUACGCGCAGGGCUUCCUGGUGGGCAGCGACGUGGCCAGAAAGGUGUCUCAGGUGUCCCUCAGCCACGAGUGCACCCGUGCCAUCAUGAAGCUGAUGUACUGCCCGCACUGCCGGGGCAUGUCCAGCGUGAAGCCGUGCAACAACUACUGCCUGAACGUCGUGAAGGGCUGCCUGGCCAACCAGGCUGACCUCAACACCGAGUGGAAGUACCUGAUGGAUUCCCUGAUCGGGGUGGCCGAUCGGAUCGACGGCCCCUACAACGUGGACACUGUGAUAGGCACCAUCCACAUGAGGAUCGCUGAAGCCAUCUCUAACUUGCAAGAAAACAAAGAUUCAAUCACAAGCAAGGUGUUCCAAGGCUGUGGAAAUCCCAAAAUCAGCACAAAAGGCUCCAGUAGUGAGGACAAGAAGAGACGGGGGAAGGUGACAUUGGAAGCCAAGUCCUCUGCACAAGCACUGGAGAUGCUGGUUUUAGAUGCCAAAGGGAAUCUGACAGCUCUCAAGACAUACUGGAUCACCCUCCCCAGCACCCUGUGCAGCAAAAAAGUAAUGGCCAGCUCAGCAUCAGAUGACAAGUGUUGGAACGGGAUGACCAAGGGCAGUUACCUGCCUGAAGUGAUGGGGGAUGGCUUGGCUAACCAGAUUAACAACCCAGAGGUGGAGGUGGACAUCACCAAGCCAGAUAUGACCAUUCGCCAGCAAAUCAUGCAGCUAAAGAUCAUGACAAACCGGCUGGGCAACGCUAACAUCGGCAACGACGUGGAUUUCCAAGACACAAGUGACGACAUGAGCGGCUCCGGGAGCGGGGACAGCUGUCCUGAUGACGUCUGUGGCAAAAGACUUUCUAAGAGCCCCAGCACCAGGCAGCCAGAAACACACGCUAUUCCUAAGCAGUCUGGACACGGCAUCAAUGGGGCCAGCAGCAGAUCUUUGCCUUCUGCCUCCCUCCUCCUCCUCCUCUCGGUGGCUGUCAUCACCGCGCAGCACUUGUGGCGGUAACUCACUGGCAAAGCCAGCAAACAGACUGCGGCUGAGGGCUUCACUUUGCCAAAACCAACCAACCAACCAACCAACCAACCAAAGGACAUAUUUAAUUCACCUUGGCAAAAAAACAAAAAAAGGAAAAAAAAGAAAACAACAAAAAAAGGGAGGAGAAAAAGGUUUCCAGAAGGUUUCAGUUGUUUGCUAUUUCUGGCAGUGCUCGAGCUGUUUUCUUCUUUCUUGGUCUUUCCCCAGUGCUGGGCCCUUCUUUCCAUACCUCAUUGUUUUACUUUUGUUAUUGCCACAAACUGGCUCUUGGGGCUGCAACAAGCCUUUGCAGAGGGCUCCAGGGGAACUCGGCCGAGCCCUCCAGUGGAAUAUGCAAUUGCCCUGCCCUGGUUCCCCAGCGCGGGCCAGAGCGCCGCUGCCGGCAGCGCCACUCCCAGCCGAGGGGCCGGGAUCCUCGGCACGCCUCACCUGCUGCAUUCAGGGGCUCUUUGGGUUCUUCCUCUGUGCUUCCUAGCUGGCCAGAGAUGGCCCUUCACUUCCAGUGGUGUACAUAGGAGCGGGAGCAGGUUUGGUGGGUUGAACUGAAAGAGUUUGGCAGUGGCUGUUGGACCCAAAAAUGCAGAACUCCCUUUUUUCUUGGAAAGGUCACAAGUGGGUUUCUUGACUAGAGCUCGUAGCUGACGACAAUUUGAAAUGUAGGUUUCCUACAUCUAAGUGACUGGGAAUGAGUGUUAGGGGUUGGGGUUUGGGGUACUUUUUCUUUGCAUGCUAGUUGGAAAGCCAUUUUUUACCCAAGUAACAAAGGUCCAAUUUCUACCUGCAGUGCAGUACCAUUGUAGGUAACAGAGAGAUGCAAAUAUGCACAGUGAGAUUCUCUGUGUGACAGACAGUUGUGCUGCCUCCUCCUUCUCUGGCCCCAGCCAUAGACAGGAAUCUGUUUGUUUUUUUCUUGGUAAUAAAAGAAACCAGGGACAUUUUGCUAACUGGAGCUUUGGGACUGGUUGUGCCCCUUGAAGCAGCUGCCUUAGGGCAGAGAGGGGCUGGUGGGGAUCACCUUGGCACUGGGUCCCUACCCAGAGCACUGGCUCAAGGCAGCACCCACCAGGGGGAAUGUGAGGAUGGGACACAUUUUGUUUGGGAUUUCUUUCUACCUUUGCUGUUUGUUCCAGUUGCAUUGUAGGUUUUUAAUGAAUUCCCCAUUUUCUCUGUUCCUUCCCCAUCAUCCAAAACACCUUCCCCGAGCCUGCAGGCACGGGCUGAGCCGGCAGCUCACACAGCACCGGCAGUUUUGGCUCAGGAGAGGGCCAGGCUCACCCUUUGCUGCCCCAUCCCAGCACUCACCAGCCUCUGGGUGAUGUGGGCAGCUGCCCUAACCCCAAAUUGCUUGGUGGGGUGGGCUCUGUGCCAGGUUUUGAGACUGGGGAUGGUGAGUGAAUUUACAAUUGUCCUCACGUAGCUGUAGGAGUGUCUGUGCUUGGAAGGGCUCUGUGUUUGGGGCUUCCAGAGGCUUCUGUGCCUGGUGAGCAGCAAGCACGGGCUGGAGCCAUAGGUGUAGCAGAUGUUGGAUACAACACAGUCACUGGGACUGCUUGGGCCAGGAGCACACACAGCUUGGGUUUGAGCUUCAGAUGGGUUUGUAUUGGGCUGAGAGAGAGGGCAGAGCUGGGCUUGUCUCUUGCUUUAUUCAGCAUUUGAGCAAUUCUUCUGUCUUUUCAGAGGAAACGUGCCUUUGGGCUGAGCAAACAUUAUGGCUUGGGGUUUGGCUGUUUUCUAAGAAAGAAAAAAAAAACAAACCCAUUUUUAACAUUAGCAGUUUCUAAAGUGUGCAGUUUAAGGAAAGAUAAGGACAUGAGAAAGGUAAUGCUGAAAGCCAGUUCUGCCCUCCCUGGGGCCCAGUGGUGGCACUGAGGGGCAGAUUUGAGGCCAGCUCCGAGUCACAGUGAUUAAUGUCACUGACUGUGCAUUCUUUCUGCCUUGGCCUCACCUUCUUGUAAGGCACAAUCAUACCUGAUCCACUCAGGUGUCAGAAAUGAACACUGGGGUGCUGGACAAUGGCUGAAGGACAGACAGUGCCACUCCACCCAUCAGAACCCUGGAGAGGAUAAAUGUAAGUUGUGGUUUUGUCUAGGUUUAUUUACUCCUACACAUACAGCAAAUUCACAUGAUUUUUACUGUUCUAGAUUUUCUUUUUAAUUUUUUUUUUUUUAAUCAGAAUUGCAAAUACAAAUUUAAAUUUCAGUUAUAACAGUCCCCACAACCAAUCCUGCAGAAUUACAUCCAAAAGAAAAAAAAAGAAAAAUGUGUGGGGGGAGGGAGGAAGAAUUAAAACAUUUGUACCCUCUGAAAACACAGUUGGGUUGGGGUUUUAACACGUGGACGCUAAGGUCAGUGGUUUGCUUUGCAGAAUUGGAGCUUGAAAGUCACUUCCAUUUCUGUGCAAUUAAAUUUUUCUGUCUGCCUGUUUAUCCUCAAAAGCUUCUUAUGAGUCUCUUCCAUCUUAAAUGUGAAGCCAGGAAUUUACGGAUUAUCCAGUUAAUGUUUUAACAAUUUAAUAGACCAAACUAGUGGUUAUGUUACAAGAAAAAAAAAACAUGAUAGUGCAAAUUAAUAAGGCAAAACCUCAAAGAAACAGUAAAAUAUGUUAUGCAGGGGAAACCCUUCCUGAUGCCUUCACCUCCAGGCUGGGGUUGAGCUCCCACUUUCAGGUCCCUCCUGACCAUGGGGGUGGCAGCUUCCACCUUCCAGAAGCCAAGCCAGGGUGAGACCAGGACAGCAGCCCAAGGUGGGGCAGUGCAGGGGGCUGGGUCUGCUCUGUGCCCAGAGGUGCUCAAUGGUGGUGGUGACACUUCCUCCUGGGGUUGAUUUGUACAUCAUAUGUCCAUGGUCAGCCUACACUGCUGCUUCUUGUUGGUCCCUGGGUGCUCAGUUUUUCUGUUCUCUCUUGCCCUGAAGUUGUUUCCCCAGCUGCUGCCAUGGCCUGGGGCUGUGUUUGGCCAUGACCUUCCCCAGGAGCUGAAAUGGCUGAGAGCCUCCAGGAUAUCAACUCUAAACUAAAACAAACUGUAAUUAUUGCUGACUAAACAAUCACUGGUGUGGCUGAACAAGCUGAAAUCAACCCAGCUCCAGACAAGUCCCAAGCCUGUGGUCAGGUUGGUGCAGAACCUGUGGCCUUUCAUUGCUUAUGAAUGACAUUUCCUGGGCUGCUGCCUGCUGGAAAACACUGUGACACCCCUCCCCGUGGCUGGUGGCUGCUCUGGCUUGGCUGCAUGAGGGGAUCUCUGAGGAACUGGGCUGGCUGGGAGAAACAUCUGCUUCAAUGGAGGUCCAUCAUGUCCUGGUGUGAAAAGGCCUCAUACCUGACAGGAGUCUGGAGGGGGUAGUGGUGUAGGAAAAAAUAUUUACAAAGGCCCUGUCCCUGGGCAGGGAGAACCAUAAACGGUGAAUUUCCAAGUGUCUCUGUCUUUCAGCCUGCUCUUUGUGCCAUAACGUGUGUUUUAAACAAUGGUGAGGGUCUCAAAAGGCUUUGAGAGCACAGCUACUUCUCAUUUACAGAUGACAAGCUGCCUGUUGUUUUCUGGUGGGCUUGGUAGGGGCUAAGGUAUAGCAGAAUAUCUAAAGUCCACCUUUGCUUUAAACAGAUGCAUUUCUAUCUGCAGGAAUAAGAAUUAUUUCACUUAUCAGCAUAGCUGGACAGUUAUCUAUUUCUUUCUGUUACCAAGGUACUUGUAACUCUCUUGCACUGUUUAUCUAAAGUUGAAAUAUGUUCUUUGAAUCCUUGUAUAAAUAAAAAGGCUGGAGACAAAUCUGUAUUUACAGGGCAAUUAUUUCUUCUCCAUUUAAAGACAAGUCUGGCAUUUUCUUUCUUUUUCCCUUGCUAUAAAGGGAAAAGGCCAGGUCAGGAGCCCUGAGGAAUUAAACCAUGUUUCAGCCACAAGUGUGUAAUGGGCUGAUGGCAGUGUUGGCAAUAAAUAGGGAUCUGCCUGCAUUCCUGUACCUUUCAGAGGAGCAGCUGCUGGGUUCUAUGGAUGUUUGUGGGAACAAGGUGAGCCUGGUUUGAGCCAUCAAAGCGAGGAUCUUAAGUUAUCUCUCAUCUAGAAGCACAGAAAGUCCUGGCAUAACAGUAUAAAAAAUCAGAAAUGCCCUUGGUAUUUGUCAUUACAAAGUGUUGUACAGACCAUGGCUGUGCACCAGUGCAGCUGUUGGAUGGGCUCACAGCAAGCAAAGCAGCGAAGGGGAUGUUUCAUCUCCAGCAUGUGCUUGAGACUGAGCUGAUGCAGCAGAAAGGUUUGUGCUUCAGCUCUGUCCACUUCCAGAAGUGGGUAAGUGCAGCUGUCAAGGUGAUGUGUUGGAAGCUGCUCGUGAAAUGUCUACAAGAGACUUGGUAACUGAAAACUACUAAAAGUGUAUCCUUCUGCCUGGAAGCAAAUAUCAGCUGAAUUUAAUAAACUGACUGAUACCCCUGA